GCACAGAUAGUGUAGGCUGAAGGGCCUGUUUCUGUGCUGUAGUAUUCUAUGUUUUAAAGAGGGUUGUGAGGGUGAGUGGAGGAGAGAGAGGGGAACUGAAGAUGGGAUUGAAGACAUGGUGGUGGGGUGGAGCUGUAGAGGAAUGAGCAGAGCCUGAGGUGAUUUUGGUGAGUCAGGAAUCUGGCACUUCCUCCCAACCCCCACAGAGGAGGUGAUCUGUGGUACUGGAAUCAGUCUUUGGCAGAUGCGUCCUCCAUCAGUGGGAUAGGAAUUGGGCUUCCAACAGCAGGGCUGUGUCACAGGCAUGGUGUGAAGACUUGUGCCCCUGGGCCUAAUUGGAAAGAAACAGACCCGUUGACCCACUGAGUCCACACCAACCAUUUUACCCUAAAUCAUUUUAUUCUCUCCAUGUCUCCACAUUCCCAUCAUCUCCCCGCAACUCUGGAACUUUCUAGCACUUAUCUACGCACAAUGGCUAAUUAACAUAGAACAAUUAACCUACCAACCUGCGCAUUUUUGGGAUGUGGGAGAAAACCUGAGCAUUUGUCGUGGAUCAGGAUUGAACUGGGGUCAUCGGAGCAUUGAGGUAUUUUGAAAGGAAGACCAUGGAGGAGUGUAAGAAGGUGCACCGUCAGAGGCACAGCGGGCCCAAAGCAGAGAGGAAAAAGCAGCGACGGCUCAAGAGCCUGGGUGUUGGAGAUGAAGAGGAUACAAGGGGGAGAAAUCCGAAGGCUUUUACUGUCCAGUCUGCAGUGCGCAUGGCUAAAACCUUCCACAGAGCACAGGACUUGAAAACUAAAAAACACCAUAUCCCUUUGGUUGACCGGACACCUUUGGAGCCUCCGCCUAUCGUAGUUGUUGUUGUGGGACCCCCAAAGGUGGGAAAGAGUACUUUGAUCCGGUGUCUGAUUCAAAACUUCACCAAACAAAGAUUAACAGAGAUCAGGGGUCCAGUCACUAUAAUUGCAGGCAAGAAGCGGCGUCUCUCAAUUAUCGAGUGUGGGAAUGAUAUUAACUCAAUGAUCGACUUGGCCAAAGUGGCUGAUUUGGUUUUAAUGCUGACUGAUGCCAGCUUUGGCUUUGAGAUGGAGACUUUUGAAUUCCUUAAUAUCUGUCAAGUUCAUGGUUUUCCCAAAAUCAUGGGUGUCCUCACCCACCUGGAUGCCAUUAAAAACAACAAGCAGUUAAAGAAGACAAAAAAAAGAUUGAAGCAUCGGUUCUGGACUGAGGUCUACCAGGGUGCAAAGCUCUUUUAUCUGUCAGGAAUGGUGCACGGACAGUAUCAGAAACAGGAGAUUCACAACUUGGGCCGAUUUAUCUCUGUGAUGAAGUUUCGGCCACUGGUGUGGCAAAUGGCACAUCCUUACGUCCUAGCUGACAGAAUGGAAGAUCUGACCAAUCUGGAGGAGGUGCGAGUAAAUCAGAAGUGUGACCGUAGAAUUUCAAUGUAUGGGUACCUGCGUGGGACAUACCUCAAAGCCAACAGUCAGGUUCACAUACCUGGUGUUGGUGAUUUCAUGGUGAAUAAAGUUGACUUCCUUCCCGAUCCCUGUCCACUUCCAGAGCAGCAGAAGAAACGUUCUUUGAAUGAGAAAGAGAAGUUGAUCUAUGCCCCAAUGUCUGGUGUUGGGGGUAUUAUUUACGAUAAAGACGCCGUGUACAUUGAUUUGGGUGGAAGCCAUGCACACAGAGAUGAGGAAGAACAAAGGCCAACCCAUGAGUUGAUGCAGAGUCUCAUUACAACACAUAGCACCAUCGAUAGUAAGAUGGUUUCCAGCAAAGUCUCUCUCUUUAUGGAUUCCCAUCCUCUGAGAUGUGAAGAAUUGGAAGAAAACAGAUGCAAAAUGCCCAGAGAGGAAAAACUGAUUGAUGCAGAGGACGGGCGGGUGCGACGCAGAGCUCUGUUUGAUGCUGAGGAUGACGAUGAAAUGACUGAAAGUGAUGAUGAAGAUUAUGACACCGAAAAUUGUAAUGAAACCAAGAACGGAAAUGAGGAAGCGGCCAACAGUCGAGACGAGACUGAUUGUAAGAGAGAAUAUUAUCCCCGACUGCCUAAAGUCUUGAAGUCGGAGGGGCCAGAUACGGAAGCUGCAAUAGAAAGGCCAGCAUUUGCUGAUGACUCUGAGAUUGAUUCAGAGGCAGAGGUAACUGACGAGUCUGAUGAAGACGAUUUUGUUGGUGAUUCUUCAGAGAGGAUUUUACAUUCUAGUAACAAAAUAACAAAGGAUCAUUCAAUGACAAAAAGAAGUUUACAAGGAAUGUUGAAUGGUAAACAGAAAGAUGAUGAACUAACAAUGUCGGAGAUGAAUAUUUCUGAAGAUGAUGAAAAUGUGAACUUGGUUGUGAAACUGACAGGAAAAAAACAGGCAGGCCCGGAGUUGUCAGGAGGCCUGCUGCAUCAGGGAACCAGUGACACCGAAGAAUUACUAAAAGACAGUUACGAGGAAAAGACUGACUUAAUUGUUGAAACAGCAGGAUCGUUGAAGUGGAAAGAAGGGCUGGCGCAGCGAGCAGCUGAUGUCUUCGCACAGCAGCAGUCGGCUCCAAACCUCCGGAAACUGGUCUAUGGAGCAGUCGGUGAAGGCAAAGAGGAAGAGGAAGGUGAUGUAUUGGGAGGAAUCUUCCAUGUUAGCAGGCUUGACAAAGAAUCCAGAAGCAAAGACAAUGGCGUGGAUUCCUCAAUAUUUCCCGUGAAGAACCCUCAUGACUGGGACUUGGAAGAGGUAAGGAAUAGUGUCCAGAAUUGUUUUGUGACUGGAAAAUGGGAAUUGGAUCAGGAUGCCACUGCUCUCCUUGAAGAAGAUGAUUCUAUAUAUGGAGCAUUUGAGGAUCUGGAGACAGGAGAAGUUCAUAAAGGGAAACCUGAAGCACCAAAACAAAGUCAGGAGGAAAAGGAGAUGACAGAUGAUGAAGAUCACAAUGAUGCUCAAAGGCCAAAGGAGGAGGAAGAACAGAGCAAGCGUUUGGAGAAAAAGCGGAAAUUGAAGGAAAUGUUUGACGUUGAGUAUGAUGAUGGUGAUGGGACUUACUUCGAUGAUCUGAAGGAUGAAAUGCAGAAACAAGCACAGCUUAACCGCGCUGAAUUUGAAGACCAGAAUGAUGAAACCCGGAUUCAGUACGAAGGUUUUAGACCAGGAAUGUAUGUACGAGUUGAGAUCGAGAAUGUACCCUUUGAAUUUGUGGCGAAUUUUGACUCUCAUUAUCCAUUGAUACUCGGUGGCUUGGGAAGCAGCGAAGGAAAUAUAGGAUACCUGCAGAUGCGUUUAAAGAAGCAUCGAUGGCACAAGAAGAUUCUGAAGACCAGAGACCCUUUGAUCUUCUCCCUUGGUUGGAGACGCUUUCAGACCAUCCCAUUGUAUCACAUUGAGGACCACAAUGGACGCCACAGACUGCUCAAGUACACACCUGAGCACAUGCACUGCACUGCUACUAUAUGGGGUCCAAUUACUCCACAAGGCACAGGGUUUUUCGCCAUUUCAUCCAUGGUUGGUUGUUCGAAUGAUUUCAGAAUUGCGGCAACGGGUGUGGUGCUGAACCUCGACAAAUCCAUAAGUGUUGUUAAAAAACUCAAGUUGGUUGGAUUCCCAUUCAAGAUAUACAAGAACACGGCCUUUAUAAAGGGAAUGUUCAACUCUGCACUGGAAGUUGCCAAGUUUGAGGGUGCAUCACUCCGAAGUGUAAGUGGAAUUCGUGGUCAACUGAAGAAAGCACUUCGUUCCCCAGAAGGUGCAUUCAGGGCCUCCUUUGAAGACAAGUUAUUAAUGAGUGACAUUGUUUUCAUCAGGACUUGGUAUCCUGUUUCAGUGCCGAAAUUCUAUAAUCCAGUCACUUCAUUGCUCAGGCCAAACACUGAAAGGGAGAGCUGGACUGGAAUGCGGACUGUUGGACAACUCAAGCAUGACUUGGGUAUUAAGAUGAAACCAAACAAGGAUUCGUUGUACAAGCCCGUUGAGAGAAGGAUGAAGCAUUUUAACCCCCUCUACAUCCCCAAAGUACUGCAGAAAGCCUUGCCCUUCAAGAACAAACCCAAAUAUCAAGAAAAGCUUGCCAAAGUACCACGUGAUAGGAAGCGCAUCACUGUCAUUAAAAGUGCACACGAGAGGAAGAUCUCAGCCCUGAUGUCUGCUCUGAGCACAGUUAACAAACACAAAGCACAGAAGCAGAACAAAAAAGAACAGCUACAGCACAAGGAGUUCCUCGCACAGAAACAGAAAGAGCAAGAGGAUAAGAUUAAGAGGCAAAAAGAAGCUCGAAAGAAAAUCUAUCGAGUGCUGGGUCAGAAGGAGAAGCGCAAGAUGAAAUCUAGCCUUAAGGGACCUGAAGAAGACUGAAGUACCAUGCCCUACUGGGUCACUUGCAGGAACUGAUGUCUGCAGGAAAUUGAAGCUGCAAAACAUCCUUCGUAUUCCCAUCAGAGAUCGUUGUUCAACUUUGCACAUAUUUUGGGAAGUGCCAUCCACAAUAUGAGUUUAUGAAGAUCUGGAUCCUGGGACAAAAAGGAAACAUGAUUUUAAAAAAAAUGUAAUCCACAGUUAAAUAUUCCCUGCCCUAUAUAAAAUGUUCUUAGAAAAACAGUAAAAUUGCCUUUGUGUUAUUAAAGCUGAGACUGUGGAAUUGGUGCCUGUCCAGUUGCAGCUGGAAGCUGUGAGACAUGGGGACAGGUUUUUUGAAUUGGGCAGUCCAAACGCCUUUCCAUGGAGUCAGCCUUAGAAAAACUGCCAGGGUUGAGCCCACUCAUUGGGAAGAGCAUAUGCACUGAAAUAUCUUGUGCUGGGUAAAGCAAAUUCCUGAUUUCAGUAUUAGUUCUGUUUCUUGACGAUGAUGUAAAUGUCUCAAACUAAAUCUUCGCCGAUCUGAUUGCCAUCCUCUCCAAGAAGCUAAAUUGAUAGCAAGCACCAGGGCUGGUAUAACCUGCAUCAGAACUGAAUCAACAAGAAUCAGUGGAAUGGGCAUAAUCUACAUCUGAGUUGGGUUAAUAAGCCUUGGAGUACAUGUACCCCAAAACAGAACUAAUAAGAAAAGCAAAGUGGCAGCUGUGGGUGAUGGGACAGAUAUGGCAGGACAUAUUUUGUUAUGAUCAAUUUAUUCCAGAACAUCCAUUACUGUAUGAUCACUAAGUAUCAUACGUGACCAGAUCUUUUUUAAAAAAAAGUCUUCCUUGUUUGGAUCACGAACUUAAUAUUCUGAGGUAUAGAAGCUUCAGAUGUAACAUUAAUACAAAAGGGGAAGGUGGGGGGUUUGCACUGCUAAUUAGGGAGAGGAUCACAGCAGUGCGUAGAGAGGGUAUCCUGGAGGGAUUGCCCAAUAAGGCCAUAUGGAUCAAAUUUAGGAAUAAAAGAGAGGCGUUCACUUUGGGGUUAUACUAAAGACUUCCCAGUAGUCAGUGGGAAUUAGAACAACAGCAAAUUGCAGAAAGAUGGAAGAGCAAAUAGGGUUAUAGUAAUAGGGGAUUUUAAGUUUCCCAGUGUUGAUUGUGGUGGAUAUGAAUGACUUGGACGGAGAUAUAGAUGGGGGCUGAUUAGUAAGUUUGCAGACGACACAAAAAUUGGUGGAGUUGUGGACAGUGAAGAAAGUCACCAAAGGAUUCGGCAGGAUGUAGACCAGUAGGAAUUGUGGGUGCGGAAACAGCAGCUGGAGUUUAACUGGUGCAAGUGUGAGGUGUUGCACUUUGGGAGGUCACAUGGCAGGUCCCUUAACAGCACUGAUGUACAGAGGGAUCUUGGGGUUCAUAUUCUCCCUGAAACUGGCAAACCAAGGAGAGAGUGGUAAAGAAGGCUUAUUGGCAUGAUUGCCUUCUUGGCUUGGGACAUAGAGUAUAAGAGUAAGGAAGCCAUGUUGCAGUUGUAUUAAACUUUGGUUAGGCAGCACUUGGAGUAUUGUGUGCAGUUUAAGUUUAUUGGUAUAAAUGCUGUGAAAAUUAGUUUCUUGCAGCAGCAGCACAGUACAUGACAAACAAAUUACAUAAACAAAUUAACAUAAAUUAUACAUAUCU